AUGGGGACUCGCUUUCAUCUCCUGCAGCAGAUGUAUGAUGAGAUACUGACAGGUCUCCCAUUAACAAAAGAUAGUCACAGUUACGCUGCUCUUCUGGAUCCUCUCACUGCGUCCCAACGUUUGUCAGCAGAAACCAGGGAGUCUCAUACAGGCAAGUGUCUGUCUUCUUCUGAUGCUCCGAGCACUGGGGGCUCUGCUGCUUCGGAUUCGCUAUCCCACGAGAGAAAUAUGGAACCCGAUACAACAGAAAACAUGAACCGCCCGCGGGAAAUAACUCUGCUUCAGUUAACCUUGAUGGAGAUGAUGAUCACCAAAGUGCAGAACCCAGGGAUGGAAGCGGGAAUAAAACAGAAGUAUCUUGGCAUUGUUAGAACUCUUGUGAAAGAAGCAAGCAUUGACACAAAAUUGAUUUUCUUGUUACGCACGCCUGAUAAGCUGAUGUCUCACAUGGCCUGUAAAAGUUUGGUCUCCCUCGUGCAUCUUCAGUUAAGAGAAGAGGGUUCGUUGAAUAGCUCCUGGCUCACCUUUUGCUCGGAGACUUUGUCGGGAUUCCCCAGCAGUGGCUGGACAGCGGAAUGCCUGUGGACUCUCACUCACGCAGUCCGGAAAAUUCUGAAGGACGAAAGUUUGGGCAAAGGAGGAGAACUCGAGAAGCUUUUUUCUCCACUCGAUGGCAUCCUGGAAGGCUUUUGCCACCCCAUCCUGUCUCAGGUGUCUGAUCUUCCUGAAGGCAUUUUGCCCUCUGACAAAUGUAUGAACGGCCUGAGUGGUUUUCUCGACCUCCUCGAACUGCUUGUGGCCUCGAGGAGCCGAACGGCAGCCCCUUUUGCCUGCCAAAGGAUGCUGUUUUCAAACGUUGCUUACGUGUUGGGCCUGACCACCUCUCCUGCGCACACUUUCGUCAAAAAGAAAUCCAUGGUCCUACUGAAAAGAUGCAUUCUCUGUAAAGCUGGAGAAGACCUAGUCAUGGGGAAGGUUCCCCCUUCAUUCCCCCAAGACCCUCAUCUGGAUGAGGAUAGAGUCGUUUUCUCAAACACCGUUUUGCAUUUUGUGGAUUCCGGAUGGCUGCAUCGAUUGUUUGACGGUGAAAAGGCUGCCCACUUUGGAGGCAGUCAAGUUAGGCCCGAAUUGGAUGUCUGUUGUGGCCUUGACGACGUGUUCCUCAGAGCCUUAAGCUUGGUUCUGCUUAAAGCUUUAGAGACCAAGGUUCAGAGCUCUGCUUCUGAAGGUGAAGCCCAAGUACUUUUGGAGAGUGUUAUGUGCCCUCUGUUGUCCUUCUUAAAGAACGACCUGAGGUCUUCUCCUUGUGCCCACCCGUUUAAACACCCCUGCACGUGGCUUUCCAAGCUCUUCAUAGAACAAGACGACGACAUGUUUGAAGCCGCAAAAGCCUUACUGAGUGUUCACUUGCAAUUUAAGAGGUUCUGCCAUGAAGCUGCAGUUCCCUCAUGCCUUUCAGAUGACCAGACCUGGGACACCUCAGCGCAUAGGCAUGGCUGCAAUCCCCAUUGCAUCUUCUUAUAUCUGUUGCAGAGCAUCGCGUUUGACGCCAGUGUUCUUCUUGACUUCCUGAUAUCGUCAGAAACCUGUUUUCUGGAGUACCUGGUAAGGUACUUAAAACUCCUGAUAGAAGACUGGCGCCAUUUUGCCAACAUCUCCAAAGGCCUCGAGCCCACAGCUAGUGGAGAUCCGAGCUUUUCUUCAAAGGACCUGUUCUGUCAAGAGAAGAACAGCGGCCAGUCAUGGGCGAAUGCGGAGAAGAGCGCCUUGUGUGAUCCAGAGUCCUGUCUGCCCCUUCUGACCUCUUCCAAGAAUUGCACUGUUGUGCAACAGUUUGACAACCGAGCUGUGAAACCUGACAGGCCCAGCUCUUUGAGAGGGUCCGAUAACACGUCUUCACUGGGGGGCGUUCAAAGGCUGGUUGAUUACGAAAGUUCAGAAGACUCUGAAAUAGAAGAGGCGUGUUUGGCAGACAGGGUCCAGGCUCCUUCGAGUAAUCCAGCCUGCUUAGAUGUGGCCAUCUCUACAGAUGGCCAGGCAGAAAUCCUGGAAUGUGACGCAUCUCCUCUGGAUCAUGAAGAUUUGACUGUUGCGCCCCCGUCUUGGCCCCGGGUGUCCCCAGACGACCCCAUAUCGGCUGAAGGCUUGCUUUGGAAAUCGGUGAAGUGUUUGCAAGAGCUGCGAAAAUCCAUUUCGAGGCUGCACAGAAGAAAUCUCUUCCCGUACAACCCGGCUGCUCUUCUGAAGCUGUUGACUCGCGUUGACAUAAUUAGCAGAGCGGACAAAUCUAGAGACACACGAUGCCUGACUCCCCACCACCCCACCCUGUCUCCACUCUCACAAUAGCCUCGGAAGGCUGUUUUCACAAGAUUAACAUGCACCGAAACCUCUGGUCUGGGUUGCAUUCUCCGGGACUUGUCUGUGUCGUUGAAAGCAGGUCGGACUUGCCGCAGAAGGCUGACUCUGGGUAAUUGUGGCUCUAAUUGCAGCUCUAACUAUGUGUUUAACGGCAAACAGUUUUGCCUGCAGGAUACAGUUUUGCCCAUAGGUAUCUGUCACUACAGCCUUUGGGAAUUAAAGACAAAACACCCUGAAUUUUAAUUAUUGGCUCUGUAAAUUUUCAAUUUUAUUUCACCCUCACAAGAAGGGUGCCCUUCCUAAUCAGGAA